GAUGGCCUACACUGGGAAACACUUCGACAAGUCCAGUUACCGUGUGUACUGCAUGCUGGGUGAUGGGGAGUGCUCUGAGGGGGCUGUAUGGGAAGCCAUGGCGUUCGGUUCCCACUACAACCUGGAUAACCUGGUGGCUAUUAUCGACGCUAACCGCCUGGGACAGAGUGAAGCUGCUCCUCUCAAACACGACAUGGACGUCUACCGCAAGCGCUGCGAAGCGUUCGGGUGGAACACGUAUGUGGUGGAUGGUCAUGACGUUGAGGAGCUGUGUAAAGCUCUGUGGCAGGCCCAGCAGGUGAAGGGGAAACCCACUAUGAUCCUGGCCAAGACCUUCAAGGGCAGAGGACUCAAAGGCAUUGAGGACAUGGAGAACUGGCAUGGGAAGCCCAUGCCUAAAGACCGUGCUGAGGAGGCCAUUAAAGACUUGGCGGCUCAGAUUCAGAACCCCAACAACACAGUCUGCCCCGAGCUACCUAAAGAAGAUACCGCCCCCGCUGACCUCUCACCUAUCAGCCUGCCCUCCCCGCCCAAAUACAAGAUCGGGGAUAAGGUGGCUACUCGUAAGGCGUAUGGCGUGGCCCUGGCUAAACUGGGUCAGUCCAGUCCGAGGGUGGUGGCUCUGGACGCUGACAUGAAGAACUCUACCUUCUCUGAGAUGUUCCACAAGGCCUACCCUGAACGCUUCGUAGAGUGCUUCAUUGCUGAACAGAACAUGGUGAGCGUGGCGAUUGGCUGUGCCACUAGAGACCGCACAGUGGCCUUCGCCAGCACCUUCGCUGCCUUCCUGUCCAGGGCCUAUGACCACAUCAGAAUGGCUGCCGUCUCCGAGUCUAACAUCAACUUGGCUGGGUCUCACUGUGGCGUCUCUAUCGGUGAGGAUGGCCCCUCCCAGAUGGCGUUGGAGGACAUUGCUAUGUUCCGCGCCAUCCCAACAUGCACUCUGUUCUACCCCAGCGAUGGCGUGUCUGCUGAGAGGUCUGUAGAGCUGGCUGCUAACACCAAGGGAAUCUGUUUCAUCCGCAUCACCAGACCAGAACUGAAGGUGAUCUACGACCCCGACGAGAAGUUUGAGGUGGGCGUGGCCAAGGUGGUACGUCAGUCCGACAGCGACAAGGUGACAGUGAUUGGAGCUGGAGUGACUCUGCAUGAAGCUCUGACUGCUGCUGACCAGCUGGCCAGCGAGGGAGUGAACAUCCGUGUGAUUGACCCGUUCACCAUCAAGCCUCUGGAUGCUGCCACCAUCGUGUCGAGCGCCCGCGCCACCGGAGGGAGAAUCAUCACCGUGGAGGACCACUACAGAGAGGGGGGUCUGGGGGAGGCGGUGCUGUCUGCGGUGGGGGAGGAGCCUGGUAUCGUCGUGACGCGCCUGGCGGUGAACCGUAUACCCCGGAGUGGCAAACCUCAGGAGCUCCUGGACCUGUACGGCAUCAGCGCCAAACACAUCGCCGACGCCGUGCGCCAGACCUUCGCCAACUGAGACGAUCGGCUCAUCGUUUGUCUCCCGAAUGGCUCCCUACGUAGUGCACUACUAACGACCCCGGUUUCCUUUUGGGCUAGUGCACUAGGUUGCGAAUAGGGUGUCAUUUGGGACACGUCAAGUCUGUACACAUUUACCAACUUCAUCUUCUCCAUCCCUCCCUCCGCAGUCUGAGGGGGCUUAAAACAACUUCUCUCCUCCCAUCUACCACUAGUGUUAAACAGAACAGGGCUCUCUAGCGCCCCUUGUGGCUGUAAGGCAGAGUGCCGCUCUGUCCUGCUGUACGGUGUAGCGUCGCAGCAGCAGAGCCGAUAGGCUAGCUCUCAGCGGAGAGGGAGGGGCCUGAGUGAUGUCUUGACCAUCCCAGAAGGGUAAUAUGCAGUCAUGUUUCUCUUUACACACCGUAAUGAAGCCCCGUUCUAAUGAAUCCUU